CCAGCAAGCAUUUGCGUGAUAAAGUACUACACCUUUUUACCACGGUGGACUUCAGGACAAUGGGCAAGUACCCGUCUCUCUCUGAGGCCAUCGUGACAAAGGCUUUGCACGAAGACAGGGGAAGGGACGCUCAUCUCGUGUCCUGGGUCACUGAGGACUUUCUUGGGGAAGGCGACAAUUACGUCAGUGAUGUUACCAGCGUCAAAGUCAAGUACACUCAAGGUGGAGAGAUUCAUGACCUAAGUUACAUCGUGAAGUUGAAAAGGAAGAGGGAUGGAGGAUCCCCCACUUACUUUGAUGAUAUGACCUUUGGAAAGGAGGCCAGAUUCCUAACUGAAAUUUGCCCUUUGCUGAACGCCGAACUGUUAGCAGCUGGACUGACUCCUCUGCAGAUACCACGUUCUUGCCACAGCGUAGUUUCUGAAAAUCAAGAUUACUUAUUCCUGGAAGAUUUACGAUCUAAAGGCUUCAGACGUUAUGACCGUAAGAAGGGAAUAGAUUAUUUACAUGCAAAGCUUGUCCUUCAAGAAUUGGCCAGGUUACAUGCAGCAUCUUUCUUGUUGCGCAAGGAAAUGGAAGAAGACGUGAUUACUAAAUACAAAUUCCUUGCAUGGGAAUGGCACAACUACUCCGACGAAGCACGCAAGGAAUUCAAGACUCUUUUCGCAGGAACACAAAACAACACUUCUGCACUGGCAAGCGUGAUGGAAUACGAGUCUGUGUCAAGGUGGUUCAAAAACACAGCUUCUCGAGGUUGCGCGGUCGUGGAGGAGCAACUGGACAGAAGCAAUUUUGACGUGAUUUGUCACGGUGAUUGCUUCACCAGCAACAUUUUGUUCAGGUACAACGUAGAAGGACAACCUGUUGAAGUAAUGCUGCUGGAUCUUCAAGUUUGUCGAGUAUCGUCUCUGGCUAUUGACCUGAAUUACUUCAUCUUCUCAAGCAUCCCGCGCAGUGAAAGAAAUAAGCUUGAGGAAUACUUGUCGCUGUACCAUUCAUCAUUCAUGGAAGUCAUGAAAGCCGCGGGAUGUGAUAUGCCCUUUACAAAAGAAGAAAUCAGUCAAGAAUUCAAAACGAAACACACUUACGGGUUUAUAUUUGCUUCAAUCCUCAUUCCCAUCCUUGUGUCGGAGGUACAGGAUGUACUGGAAUUUGACUCAGCCACGGAUGGGCGUGCAACAGAUUUCGUCGAAGAGUUGCGACAGAAUGCUAUGAAGAUGCUGGCCAACAAUCGGUUGCUGAAGCUACGUCUGAAGGAUCUCUUUGAUGACAUUGUAGAAUUCCAAGUGCUAUGAACCUGACGACACACGCA